UUUCAGUUUGUUAGGGGACCAUUUAUAAUGUGAACUGAGCACCCCUUUUGCUUCUUUAGACAAAUCACCAAAAUGUUCAGUUAGAACAAGAACUUAGUUUUCUGCAAAAGAAGUUAACAACUGAGAGGAAACAUUCUGAAAUGGAAACCAAAUAUUUUAUCUUAAUUUUGCUCUGUGGACACCUGAACAAUACAUUUUUCACAGAGACAGAGGCAAGUACAACAGAGAAGCAAAUGUCACAUGUCUCAGCUAAAUCUCUAAACACAACAGGAAAUCCUUUAGGUCAACCAACACAACUCAACAUUUCUUCUGGACAACCAAUAUCACUUGCUCAAGUCAGCAUUGAACAAACAACACCAGCUGCCUAUGCCUCUUCUGGAAGACCAGCAGUACACACUUCUGCUGGACAAACACCUGCCUAUAACAUCACCAACCAACCAACACCAAAGGCCAAUACUCCCCACCAACAAACAGCGCUACCUGUGUUCACCUCUGCCAGACAACUAUCUUCCCCACCCGAUACAGUCAUCAGCAGACAGGUACCUACACCAUCUGCCUACAAUUCCACUCAACAAACAUCAUCAUAUGUUCACACCCCUUCUAGAAAACCAAUACCACUGACUGUUCACAACCCAUCCACACAACCAGUAUCAACUACUAAAAAUUCUCCGAAGAUUACACCAGACUUCAUCUUUGAAACUACCAGUAAAACCCCUCCCUCACAUAAAAACUCCAAUUCAAUAGCUGCCAUCUUAAUUGGUAUAUUUCUGACUUUAAUGUUGGUAGCUAUAAUCAUAAUUGUGCUAUGGAAAUGCUUGAGAAAACCAGUUUUAAAUGAUCAAAAUUGGGCAGGUAGGUCUCCAUUUGCUGACGGAGAAACCCCUGACAUGUGUAUGGAUAACAUUAGAGAAAAUGAAGUACCCACAAAACGUAUGUCAAUUGUUUCACUCAUGACCUGGAAACCAGGCAAAAGUACACUUUCAGCAGAUGACUUAGAAAUUAAGUUGUUUGAAUCAAGUGAAAAUAUUGGAGAGUCCGACAACCCCAAAACAGAGAAAAUAAAAGACCAAGUAAACGGUACAUCAGAGGACAGUGCUGAUGGAUCAACAAUUGGGACUGCUGUUUCUUCAGAUGAUGCAGACCUCCCUCCGCCACCUCCUCUUCUUGACUUGGAAGGACAGGAGAAUAACCAAUCUGACGACAAGCCCACAAUGGUAACUGUACCUCCUCUUUCAAAUGAUCCUACCAGUCUCCAACCACCUCUGGACCAUCUCAGUGAAGCCUGUGAAGAUCAGAAAUCUGAGCUCCAACAGUCAUUUCCACCUCCCCCUGACUCACCUAACUUGCCCAUGUUACCAGAUGCUUUUGUGAAAAACCAAGAUGAUUCCAACCAUGAGAUCCAGUCUCAGGAAUUUUCUGUUCCUUUUGACUCUGAUCAAGAUCUUAAUGAAUCCCUGCCACCUCCACCUGCAGAAUUGUUAUAAAUAUUACAACUUGUUCUUUAGCUGAUUUUCCAUCUUUAAAUGAAUGUGUGUUUUUUCUUCAUGUGAAGAAAUACAUGAAAUAGCAACUGAUUGUCAGUUUUGAUUUUUAUUCAUGAACUAUCUGAAGUCUGUUCAAAGCCCAUGUGCAUAGGGGAAAAAAAAAUCAUUUAACAGUGAUUUCCUUACUAGUUAUAUAUCUUUAAAACAUAGUAUAUUUUAUAUAUGUAGAUGGUAUAUAUGUUAAUAACAGCCAUUUUGAAACAAGUGAUGUAUAUAUUAUCAUUACCCAAUAGUUUGUUUCUCCUGAACAGCUGUGUAUAAAAUUAUCUUGAAUAAAUAAAUGUUUAUUUUUGUCAUUUCAAA